AUGGAUGGUGGUGGCAUUGACCCGCCCCAUCCCCCACUGCCCUUUGCCCACUGGGGGGUUGUGUACAUAGUUCGGGGCCAGGGAGCUCCAAAGGCACUAAUCCCCUGUGAUUUUGUGCCGCUAGCAGACGAGAGCUCCGCUUACAGCUCUGCAGAGGCUAUGCUGAGACUGAGCCGGCGUCGGAAGCAGGAUCUCUGGCUGCCAUCAACAAGUUUCCAUUCAAGGUGGCCAUUGGUGGGACCUGCACCAGCGGCUCUGUGUCUGUGUGUGAUCAGCAUGCUCCUAGUGUGCCUGCUGCCUCCUGCAUCGUGCACAACUUGCCCUCAAAAAUGCCGCUGUGAGGACCUGCAGUUCUACUGCGACACCCAGGGGCUUCAGGCACCCCCAGAUGGUGUGGACAAGGGUGCCCUGGGGUUAUCACUACGCCACAAUAGCAUCACUGAGCUCAGCCCUGAUCAAUUCUAUGGCUUCAGCCAGCUCACCUGGCUACAUCUAGACCACAACCAGAUUACCACAGUACAAGAGGAUGCCUUUCAAGGGCUCUACAAGCUAAAGGACCUCAAUCUGAGUUCCAAUCGUAUCACCAAGUUGCCCAACACAACCUUCAUCCACCUCAUCAAUCUCCAGAUACUGGACCUGUCCUUCAAUCAGAUGACUGCAUUGGAACCAGAGCUAUUUCAUGGACUGAGGAAGCUCCAGAUACUCCACCUCCGCUCCAAUUUACUUCGUACCACACCUGUUCGGGCAUUCUGGGACUGCCGCAGCCUGGAAUAUCUAGGCCUAAGCAGCAAUCGCCUGCGGAGUCUGGCUCGGAAUGGAUUUGCUGGGCUCAUUAAGCUUAAAGAGCUCCACUUGGAGCACAAUCAGCUGACCAAGAUCAACUUGGCCCAUUUCCCUCGCCUUGUUGCCCUCCAGUUUCUAUAUCUGCAAUGGAAUAAGAUUAGCAACCUAACAUGUGGCAUGGAGUGGACCUGGACCACUUUAGAGAAGCUGGACCUCACAGGAAAUGAAAUUCGUGUACUGACACCUGAUGUGUUUCAAACGCUGCCAAAUCUAAAGAUUUUGCUGCUGGAUAACAACAAACUAAGCAGCCUGGACCCCCAAGUCAUGGAUAUGUGGCAGUCUCUGGGUACCAUUGGGCUGUCUAGCAACCUUUGGGAAUGUACCAAAAGGAUUUGCUCUCUGGCCACAUGGCUCAGCACCUUUAAGGGAAGGUGGGAACAUUCCAUUCUCUGCCAUAGUCCUGAAUAUGCCCAAGGUGAGGAGAUACUUGAUGCUGUAUAUGGAUUCCAGCUUUGCCAGAAUUUUACAGCGCCGGUUGUUCAAACCAUUAGUACAACCACAGACGCUACUAUAGCUGCAGAGAUCACAAGCUCCUUGUUUGGAAUUAUGCAGCCAACCCCCACGCAGGACUAUGCAGAGGAUUUUGGGAGCUUUACCACAGUCACUACCACAACAACCACAACACAAACACCAAGCACUGCUCAAGCAACUACCGCUACAUCGGAAGAGGCGGCUGUAACGGAUGACUUCACGGCAAUGGACAACACUGUUAUGACUCACAGGGUUAUCAUUGGAACUAUGGCCCUUCUAUUUUCAUUCUUUUUCAUCAUUUUCGUUGUGUAUAUCUCACGGAAGUGCUGCCCUCCCACCCUGCGCCGGAUACGCCACUGUUCGGCUAUUCAGAACCGCAGACAGAUGAGGACCCAGCAGCGGCAACCUAUGGCAGAUCUAGCCACACAGGUACCCUAUAAUGAGUAUGAACCGAGCCAUGAAGAAGGGGCACUCGUGAUCAUCAAUGGCUAUGGGCAGUGCAAGUGUCAGCAACUGCCUUACAAAGAGUGUGAAGUAUGA